GCAGGAAGGUCGGUCUGUGUGUGUGUGCCCACUCUUCCCUGGGAGAUGUCCAACGUUUCCAGUUAUGCCCUUCGAAUGGCCCGGCUGAGUGCUCAGAUAUUUGGAGAAGUUGUCAGGCCAACUGACUCAAAAUCUAUGAAAGUAGUGAAGUUAUUCAGUGAGCAGCCUUUGGCCAAGCAGAAGGAGGUCUACAGCUGGUAUCCUCCUCACAACACCUACUAUGCCCUCAUGAAGAAACUCCGUUACUUCGGUCUCUACAGAGAUGAGCAUCAGGACUUUAAGGAAGAGAUGAGGCGAUUGAAAAAGCUACGUGGGAAGGAAAAACCAAAGAAGGGGGAAGGAAAAAGAGCUCUCAAGAAGAAAUAGUGCCACUUGGACAAUACCAUGGACUACUGUGGAGAAAAGCUGUAACCCAGGUUUUUCUGUUCCCAGAUGGAGAGGGCUUGGCAUGUGAGCUGUGUCUGAGGCAGAAGAAACACGCUGUGAAAUACUGCAGUCCACCUGGGGAGUGCACAUGAGUCUU